AUGACUUCCAUCGUUCAACGUACAUCCUGGCGCGCUGCCCGCCUUUCUUUAGCUAGAUAUGCUUCUAGCUCCACCUCUGCUUCCGGGAGAGCAUAUGUGCCUUUGGACAUCGAUACAAACCCAGAGCCUCUCCAAGAUUACCAAUAUGCUCCCCCAAUUUCUCAUCAGUACAGGGCUCCGUACGGUUGGGAUGACAUGCAAAUGAGACGGAACUUCGGUGACCCUCUUCCCGAACACGACGAAUUAAUGUCUAUGUGGGGUCCUGAUCUUCCCCCUCCUGGUGUCAAGCCAAGAACGGCCUUGAUUCACUUCUUACUGGCCGUUGCUGGAUUUACUGGUAUUUUUUACACGACAAAGUGGGUCCUUACACCUGAACCUCAUUUCAUCCGACGCACGUAUCCUUAUGACGGAUUGGCAACGGCUCUCGGUGGUCUCCCCGAAAACAAGGUCUGUGUGGCGGCCUAA